AUGGCGCCUCCCCGCAGCGGGAGCGCGACUGCGGGGGAAGGGCCUGCUGCCGCAGACCGGCUUCGAGGCGUGGCAUCUGCCGCAGACUCUCCUGCUGAGGAGGAGCGCGGCGCUCUUUUGAGGGAAUCAAAGCGAUCCGGAGGCAGGCACGGUGAUGAACGCGGACAAGGGCGUGAAGGGCAACGUGCGAUGCGUUGCGACCGAAUGCCUGAGAUGCACCAGGAGCAUAAACAGUACGUGAAAAGGCUACGUCGCCUGGAGAAAUUGUAUGUGAGACUGCAGACGCCUCGACGCCUCGUGGCGGCUCUCGGGGCUCUUUUUCUCUCAUCGCUCCUCCUCUCGGCGGUCAUCCUCUUCCUCUUUGUCCUCUGGGACCCCUCCGGCAACCGUCGCCUUCUCUGGCCGGCUGCUGUGCUUGUAAAGGCUUUCGGCGUGGCCUUCUUGGCCACCACCGUUCUGGGCACUAUCGCGAGCGUCAUAAUUUUCUGCAUUUUCAAAGUCGGGACCCUCCUGUUUUUCGCCUCUCUGUAUAUACACUCAAUUCUACUGUCUGUCUUCGUCUCUGCCAUCUGUACACAACAACUGAAACUAAUGGAGGCUCUUCUCGCUUCCCCAGUUUCUGCGAGUUCCCCUGUCUUCAAUGCAGCCCCUUACCUCCUCUUUGCCUUUGCUCUGCUGCUUUAUGGUGUCUGUACGGACACACCGCAUCUCUGGGCCUGGAUUACAUUGCCUUCGCUCCUGAUCACUCAAGUUCUUAUCGUCGAGUUCCACUCUUUCCAAGCAGCGCAACCUUGCGUGUCUUUUCUCUCUGUUCUACGGACCGCACCAUCCUGGAUUGCUUUCAUGUUACUCCUCGUCUUACACGCGGGCUACGCCGCCGUCUACUCCAAGGCGUUGAGUCCCAAGGGUGCAGUCUCAUUCUUCUGGCCUCCUAAUCCAUGCGUCAUCCGGUAUCCAUCAUUUGAAGACCACACAUGCCUUGGCACAGAACCACGGUAUAGCAGGUGCACACUGAGUCAGUCAUUCGUCAACUCGGAGGGAGCCCCUUGGAGGGGGGCAACAACCUACUUCCGCACGCCAGGUGAUAUCACGGGAAGUGAAGAGCAGCAGCGGAAACGAAUUAUCGCAAAGUACAAGGUGUCUGUGCAGCGGAGCUUAUGGCGGCACGCAGUGACUGCGGCAGGCUGCGGGCUCAUCGUCGUGGGCAUCAUUUUACUUUCCAUCCACUGUAGCACCUCGGCCCCUGAUCAGCCUCUAGCCUCCGCACCUGCAGCUACAAGCUUUCUUCGCUUUCUCCUGCUCCAGGCCAGCGGGGGGAAGUCGGAGUCGUUAUCGGGGCAAGGGGCGUAUUGGAGGGGGUCGCGGCUCUCAGACGAUGGAGAGACGAGUCGCGUGGCAGCACUGAAGCACUUUCUCUCUACUUCCCGGGCCCCCGCCGACGAGCAAUUCUUCUCCAGGGAGCGGAACCUACAUCCCUUUGUUACGGACUUUCCUUCUUCAGUUCGCGCUUCUCUUGGGGGCAACGUGCUGACGGUCCGCAGUGCGCCGUGGGAAGCAUCCUAUGCAAAACAUCACGAACGGUACUUGGCACGAACCUCGCGCGCACUGAGGCAUAAGCAGUCGCCGCGUCGUGCCGCACUGCGAAGCCGCGCGACUCAAGACCAGAGUCUCGAUCUAACUGCCUCGUCGUUCGCCUUUGCGGCUCUUUCUGCGGUUCCAGACGCAGAAAGGCGGCCUCAGCUUCAUCCAGGAGAAGCUCUCGGCGAAGCGACAGUGGCUAGUACGCUGCCAGAAGAGGGGGCAGAGGACGGGGCUGCUGACGCCGCUCCCGGCGGACUUGAUUUCGUGUCCUCAGAUAGUGGCGCAGGCCGAGAAUCGACCGGAAGUGGUACCACGCUGCUGCUCUACGGCAUUCUCUCUUUUGGAUGCGGUGUCGCACUUGCUAGUGCACAGCUCGUCUGGCUUUUGGCGUGCUGGAUCGACAGCCUUGUCUUCUCAGCGAUGGCGCUCAUCAAUCGGAAUCCGCCUUGCGUGCUCAAAGCUCCUGACAUGUUUUUGCCUCCUGAGACUCCCGAGCUUGGCGAAGCCGGUCCUCUCCUUUCGAAGCUUUUCCAAUCGAGACCCGCCUCCAAGAGUCUCAAGGGGGUCCACGGCGCCCAGCAGGCGGCCUCUGGUGCGUCGGCAACGGACUCGUCUGCGCAUUCAGACUCCACCGACGAGGAGGACCUCGACAGCGAGAGCGUAGCGUCUGUUGAGGCGGCAGAAUUUCCCACGGACUCCGAAGACGACUGGACAGAGAAGCAGGCUGAGCAAGUCGCCGUCCACGGAGGCGACAGGGGCACUGGUUUGGAAGGGCAAUAA